ACUGGGACAGCAUUAUGUGGCAAACCAAGUAACUGAAGAAAAAGUAAAAGUUGCAAUACUGUUGAGUUCCGUAAGCCAGACAACGUUCAAAUUGCUAAAGGACCUUUCUUUCCCGGAUACCCCGCAGAGCAAGUCUUUUGAACAGCUGAACACCCUAUUGAAGAAGCAAUUCUCCUCAUCGAGAAGUAUCUGGAGAGAGAGAAGGAAAUUUUAUGAAAUGACGCAAGGUGUGCUGAGUGUAGCGGAGUGGUACGCCAAGAUACGCAGUGCUGCCACACUGUGUGGUUUCCAGGAUGAUCUGACGAGGGCUCUGAAAGACAAGUUCGUCACAGGAUUGGCUCCUGGGAAAAUCCUGGAUCGUUUGUGCGAAGAAGGGUUUUACAAAUUAUUAUGCUAGAUUUAUACCAAACUUAUCCAAAAUUCUUCAUCCUAUUUACCAGUUGUUAAAAAAAGAUCAUGUUUUUAACUGGACAGAUCAUUGUGAAAGUAGUUUUAAAAAACUGAAAGAAAUAAUUUCUUCUGACACAACUUUAGUGCACUUCAAUCCUAAAUUUCCAAUACUUGUUACAACGGAUGCAAGCAGGAAAGGCAUAUCUGCUGUUUUAAGUCACAUCAUUGAUGGUGAAGAGAGAACCGUUACAUGUGUGUCCAGAACUCUUUUACCAUCAGAAAAAAAUUACAGUACAGUUCAUAUUGAAGCACUGGCAAUCUACUUUGCAGUGAACAAAUUUUACCAAUAUGCGUGUGGAAAUGAAUUCAUUUUAAGGAUAGAUCAUAAACCACUUAUAACAAUCUUUGGUGAACACAAAAGCAUUCCUCACAUGGCUACUAGCAGACUGCGACGAUGCGCUACAUUUCUUUCCAUGUUUGACUAUGAAAUCCAAUAUAUUAAAGGAAACAAUAAUCCAGUCGCUGAUUAUUUAUCCAGGAAACCCCUACUACCAAAAGGAAAUCUGGAGAAUUCAACUGACAUCUACAUCAAUUUCACCGAAAGAACAGAAGACUGGCAAGUAGAUAAUGCAGAAGUACGACGUCAAACAGCCCUUGAUACAGAACUCCAGAAGGUAAUUCAAUACAUGAGAAAGAAUAGAUGGCCGAAAAAAAUCGACACAGUGUUGAAGCCAUAUUACCACAGAAGAAAUGAGCUGUGUGAUGAAAACGGAAUCCUAACAUGGGGGCACAGAAUCAUUAUUCCAAGAAGUCUGAGAGAGGCACUGUUAGUGGAACUGCACACAUCACAUUUCGGAAUGGUGAAAAUGAAAACCACAGCCAGAUCUUUGUUAUAUUGGCCAAACAUUGAUAGGGACAUUGAAAACAUGGUGAGAUCGUGUUCCAUAUGCUCAGAAAACAAACAAGAUCCUCCAAAGGCUCCACUGACAGCCUGGCCUUUGGCAACGAAACCUUUCGAAAGGGUGCAUAUAGAUUUUUUGGGACCUAUAAAAGGGGGGAUGUAUNAAUGA